GAUUUAACGGAAUGAAGCAAUUCGCGAGAAACACCAAAAUAACCCAUUUGUAUUACAUUCAGAUUGAAAUCAGAUUAUCUCUGUCUAAAUAGGCAUUUUAUUUGCUGGCAAUCAUGCUUGAUGUUUAGCCCCACUGCUAAAACACGUGAAGUUUUAGAUUAGAAACGACAUCAAACAUGGCAUCAAUGGAGGAAGACUUCCCUCGAGGAGGACCAGCGAAGAAGCUCACCGAGAGUAAAACCAAGGUGGAGCGGACAGAAGUGGACAACUUAUUCCAGUCGAACGAACAAGCCGAAACUAAGAAAAGAAAAGGGGCUGGCAAAGAUGCCGACCAGAAGUUCAAGAAGCCAAAGACGGGCACAGGCGAUCAUCUGACGCUGAAUGCAGAAGCAAAGUGUGUGGAAAUUCUACACAUCAAGAAUUUGCAGGAGGGUACCCUGUUACUGGGCUGUGUGAAGGAGGUAACGGACUUUGAGGUGACCGUCGGUCUGCCCUGCGGCAUGGAGGGCUUCCUCAGCAUCAUGAACAUCUGCGACUCCUACACCAAGCUGCUCAACGAGCAAUUGGAUUCAGACGAUACAGAGGAGAUCUGCUCUCUACAACAUCUCUUCUACCCUGGCAUGGUGUUACGGUGUGUCCUUGCCAAGUUGGAUGUAAGGAAAGAAGGCUCUCUUAGCAUCCAGCUGUCAAUCAAUCCAAAGCUGGUCAACAAGGCUCUCUCCUCCAGCUCCCUGAAAGCUGGCAUGGCCUUGAGUGGAUGUGUGGAGAGUGUGGAGGAUCAUGGCUGCAUAGUUGACAUUGGCGUCAGUGGAACCAAAGCCUUCCUGCCUAAGAAAGCGCAGGAAAACAUCCCGGAAGAGCUGAAAGUGGGUCAGUAUUUGACUUUUCAAGUGGAAGGAGUGAAAAACGACGGGCGCGUGGUCCACCUUUCAGUCCGGCCUCCGACCGCCGUCCGGGCCUGUGCUGAAUCCCAGCAGGGCUGGAACCUCACCAACCUGCUGCCCGGCCUUCUGGUCCAAGCUACCAUCAAAAAGGUGACCAAACAUGGUCUGAUCCUGCAGUUCCUGUCCUCCUUUACUGGCCAGGUGGAUGUUCUCCACAUGGAGCCUGAGCAGAGCUACACUGAAGGAAAUGAGGUGCGAGCCUGUGUGCUGUAUGUGGAGCCGUCCACCCGUCUGUUGGGCCUGAGCCUGCGCAGCUACCUCGUCCAGCCCGGGGCCAGACUCGAGCACGCUCCGGCCGGAGGCGAACGCAUUGGCGAAGUGGUGAAGGACUGCAAGGUGGUUGCAACGCACCACAUGUCUGGAGCCAUGGUGGUACUGCCGGACAAAACUUUGACCUUUGCACAUAGGAACCACCUGAAGGAGCCCAAUGAGCCUCCCACUGACAACCGAGUGCUGGCAAAGACUACGCACACUUGCAGGAUUCUGAGCUUCAGCCCGAUGGACCAGAUUUAUUUCGUUAGUGUGCGCAAGAGUGUGGUUGAAAGGCGUUUUCAUCGCUAUCAUGAUAUUCAGGCCGGUCAGCUUGUAGAGGGGACCGUGUCGGUCCUGAUUGAGCACGGCAUGGUGGUGCACCUGUCCAGCCACAUUAAAGGCCUGGUGCCCCGGACUCACCUGUCCGACAUCCUUCUCAAGAACCCAGAGAGGAAGUACGUGCCGGGCAUGAAGAUCAAAUGCCGGGUGCUGUCAGUAGAUGCAGAGAAGAAGAAUCUUUACCUGAGCAGAAAGAAGGCUCUGGUUGAAAGCUCCCUGCCAUUGUUCCUCAGCUACGCCGACGCCCGUCCGGGCCUCGUGUCCCACGGCUACGUUGUCUCCGUCAAGGACUUUGGCUGCAUUGUUCGUUUCUACAACGACGUCAGGGGUCUGGUGCCGCUCAACGAGCUCAGCUCUCAGCCAAUCAUCAAUCCUGAGGAGAUGUUCUAUGUGGGGCAGGUGUUAAAGGCUAAAGUUCUUCAGUGUAACCCAGACAAGGCAAAGCUGGUGCUGUCGUUUAAGGCCGCGGAGGGAGACGCGGAGGAAGUUGCUAAUCCCCAAUUUGACUGUGAAGUGGGGCAAAGGCUGGAGGCUAGAAUACAGAAGAAGUCCGUCACCGGUCUGGAGGUGGCCAUCCUCCCCGAUGAUAUCCGAGCUGUAAUACCCACAAUGCACCUUUCUGAUCACCUGUCAAACUGCCCACUGCUGUUGGAGAGCAUGCAGGAGGGAGACACCAUCUCCAACCUCAUCUGCUUCAGCAAGAACAAACGGAAUAUUGCGAUCUCCAAGAAACCAACGGUGCGAUGGUCGCUGGAGCAAGGAGUGUUUGCCAAGAACUUCUCUGAAGUCACUGUAGGAAUGCAGCUGAUUGGCUGGAUCAAGAACCUCAUGCCUUAUGGGGUCUUCGUAGAGUUCCCAUACGGCCUUGUUGGUCUUGCUCCCAAGUCUGCCAUGACAGACAAGUUCAUCAGCAACACAGCGAUCGCCUUUCAACCGGGUCAAACGGUGAUGGCGAAAGUGACCAACCUGGAUGAGGAGAAACAGCGUUUCUUGGUCACGCUGAAGAUUUCGGAGGUCAUGUGUCCGGAGGGUGACGCCCAGACGAGACUCAUUAACGGCCUGCAGGAGAGACGAGCUGUGGCUGAAACGUUAGCCGUGAGAGAGGACAGUGACCUUCGCCAGCAGCUGGCUGCCCUGAUUGUGGGUCAGAAGCUGAAGUUGACUGUGGACACCGUGGACAGCGGUGCCCGCUUUAAGUCUGACAAUUUGGCCGGUGCCACCAUAAAAGCCACCGAGGACCAGGUUAUAGGUGUUGAAUUGACCUCAGGUCAAAAGGUUACCGCGGUCGUCCUCCACGUUGACAUCCUGUCAAGCUGUGUCCAUGUGUCCAUCCUACCCAAGCUGGUGGCAAAGAAGAAAUCUUUGGCUGAAGGAUCAAAGCACACGGCGACGGUGCAGCACAUCGACCAAGACUUUGCCACCGUCUCACUGGGCGACACGGCACAGCUGACCGUCAUCCAGACGAGCAGCCACCUCAACGAGGUUUUCCCGUCCGAGUCGGACAAGCUGAAGGCGGGAAUGAGUCUGUCCGUCGAGGUCAUAGAACCCAGGUGCCAGGAGCUGCAGGGCCUCGCCCUGGUGUCGUGGGUGUUCGGUUCGCCAAAAGAACACGUCAGCACCUUCAAACACUGGGCCAGCUCGAGGGGCCACCGCUUCGGGGAUAUCGUGCGGGGUAAAGUGCGCGCAGUGAAGCCCGCCUCCAUACAGGUCACGCUGGAGGACGGAAGGACGGGCAGCGUGCAUGUGUCUGAGGUGGUGGAGCUGGCGGAAGUGCGUCCGGGAUCCUUCCCCACGUCCACAGUUCAAGUUGGGAGUGAGAUCACCGCCAGGGUCAUCGGAGGACGCGAGGUCUCCACUCACAGAUUCUUGCCCUUUUCCCAUCCCAAAUUUAAGUACAACAUCCCUGAGCUCACACUCAUACCAAGCAAACUGGAUGAGAACAAAGAUUUCAAACCCGUUACACCCGAAGAGAAAAUAAACGGCUAUACGGUCGGGGAAGAAGUUACGUGCUUUGUAUCAAAGUUCAAUCAAAAGAGGAAGACUUUGGAAGUCACCACAGAUCCUUGUGUUACAAUGACAGUGGACCUGCUGGGCAUGAUCACAGACCCAAAAUAUUCAAGCCACCCGGAGAAACUGUACAAGAUUGGCCAAGCCGUCCUUGCCAAAGUGGUAGAAGUGAACUCCGACCCUAUAAGUUGCACGCUGUCACUCACAGGUGUCCAUCAGCUGGAGAAAGGCAGCGUAACUUUGGGAGUGGUCACCAAUAUUCACCCACAAUUUGGCGUCCAGGUGAAACUUCCCUUUGGUAACAUGGGAACAGUUGCUGUGACGGACCUGAGCGACGCCUACAGGCCAACUCCAUUUGACGCGUACAGCAAGGAUAAACUGCUGAGGUGUUUCCUCCUCGGUAACGAAAAUGGCAAGUGGCAGUUAUCUCUACGUCCAUCAAGGUUGUACCCCCAGCAGAGCAAGCCAGUGAAGGACCUAGAGGUUUUGUCUGUAGACCACCUGAAAGAAGGCAAGACCAUCAGAGGCUACGUCAAGUCUGUGGGACAGCAUGGGGUCUUCAUCAGGUUGUCGACGAGCAUCACGGGAAGAGCCCAACUCCAGCAGUGCACCAAGUACUUGGUCAAAGACGACACGGUCCUCUCUAAGCACCUGCCUCUCAACACCUUGCUCACUACCAAGAUCUGCAGUAUUGACCAAGAGGAGGGGUUGGUCCACCUCUCUCUGCUCCCGGAGGACACGGGGAAGCCAGACGUCCUUCCAGAGACUCUCGGCCUGCAGCUGCGUCCUGCGGGAGAGGAGAAGAAGAAGAAUAAGAAGACGACGUCUGUCUCUAAGGCGGCGACGACGAAGAAGAAGCGCGCAGCGUCUGAGAGUGUGCAGAAGCAAUUGGAGUCCCCGAUCACAAAGAAAGCAAAGACCGAUGACAAUGACAGCGGAGUAGAGGUGUACUUCCGAGAAGAGGAGGACAAGAGCGACAAAGAGCCCAAGUCGAAUUCUGUGAAAAAGGUGACGCCGAGCGCAGCCGUUCCAUCCAGACUGCAGGUGGCAGCAGGUUUCUCCUGGGACGCUCAUCUGAGCUCCUUGAAGCCGGCCUCCGCGGCACAGGAGGGCGACUCCAGCGACGGGGAGGACCAGGACCACAGCAACAAGCCACAGAAAAGAUCUCGCCACGAGCUUCAGCAAGAGAAGAAGGCAGCAGAGAAGGCCCUGGUACAGCGGGAGACUGAGCUGAUGGAUCCCAGCCUGCGGCCUCAGGACGCCGCCGCCUUUGAGCGCCUGAUCCUCGGUUCACCCAACAGCUCGCUGCUCUGGCUGCAGUAUAUGGCUCACCAUCUGCAGGCCACCCAGAUCGAGCAGGCCCGCGCUGUGGCCGAGAGGGCCCUGAAGACCAUCUCCUUUAGGGAGGAGCAGGAGAAGCUGAACGUGUGGGUGGCCCUGCUGAACCUGGAGAACAUGUACGGCUCGGAGGAGAGCCUGAAGGUGGUGUUUGAGCGCGCGCAGCAGUUCUGCGAGCCCAUGCCUGUGUACCAGCAGCUGGCUGACAUCUACGCAAAGUCCAACAAGACCAAGGAGGCCGAGGGCCUGUACAAGACGAUGGUGAAGCGUUUCCGUCAGAAUAAGGCCGUGUGGCUGAGCUACGGGACCUUCCUGCUGCAGCAGGGCCAGAGCGACGGCGCCACUGUUCUCCUGCAGAGGGCGCUGAAGAGUCUGCCCACCAAAGAGAGCGUAGAUGUGAUCGCCAAGUUUGCUCAGCUGGAGUUCCGUUACGGUGAUCCAGAGAAAGGUCGCACCAUGUUCGACAAAGUCCUGACGAGCUACCCGAAACGCACGGACCUGUGGUCCGUUUUCCUCGACCUCAUGUUCAAACAUGGCUCACAGAAGGAAGUCCGGGCGCUGUUUGAUCGUGUGAUCGCCCUGAGUGUCUCAGUGAAAAAGAUCAAGUUCUUCUUCAAGCGCUAUCUGGAGUACGAGAAGAAGCACGGCACCCCGCAGACCAUCCAGGCAGUCAAGGAGAAGGCCGUGGAGUUUGUGGAAGCGAGAGGCAACGAGGCUGCCAACUGAUGACCAAAUACACACUAUGAUUCACACAUUGAGUGUGCGCGCGGACUACAGGUUGCUGAACCCGGUCUGAGUCACGCAGCCUGUGGCUCCAGAUUAAAGGUUCCUUCUCAAAAUGAUCAACUUAGCUUAGCUUGUAAUUAAGUCAUUUUUUUACGGUAAGUGAGUUGGAACAAUCUGCGAUUUGACAUUUCCUCAUAGUAUGUCUUUUUAUGAGAACAAGCUUUGCAGAUGAUCAUUCAUGUAGUAACAUUUUUUUAAUAAAACAUUUGUGGGAGCAUGAUCUAA